UGCUCGGAAACUCUCUUUCACUCUUACUUUCCUCGCGUUACUUUGUCCCCCCUUUAUUUUCCUCUCUGUUGUCUGCACUGUGUGGUGCUGCUCAGAAGAUAAACCCAGGAUAACACAUUCUGACUCAGAGGAGAAGAUGGAGUCCCGUUUAUUUUUUCUCGUCACCUGUGUGACUCUGAUCUCGCUGUGUCACGCCACCCCUCUCGCAGUCAUUGAUGGCAGUGGUGAUGAAGCAGAGCUGGAGCUUCUUUUUCCAACCUCUUUUUCCACUCGAGCACCUGUUCACAUCUCUGCUACCACUGGAGCUCCCAGCCUCACCAACACCAUCACCACCACCAUGAUCCGCCUGAAGGACUUCGUCCUCACUCGAGUAGUGGACUUCCUGCAGGAGAAUCUGCUCAUCAUCAUCGUCGUGACCUCUCUUCUCAUCGUCAUGGUCUUCAUCAUCUGCUGUGCCUCUGCCAUGAGUCAUAAGCGCAAGCUGGAGGCCUACAAACCCCCUCCUCAUCCAAACAAGAAGUACAUGGCUGACAAAAAAGCAGGACGCAAAAAUUCAGAUGAGCUCCAAGACAGGCCUUACGCCGUCGACCAUGUCAAGAGGGUCCAGACUCAGAGCAUGGCCUCCCCCAAGACCCUGCGUGUGCCGUCCAAGGCUCUGGUGGGAGAGAGGGGCAGAGAUGUCAAGUCGUCACCCCGCCAGGAGGUCAGAAAGGUCAGGGCUGCAGAGGAGGUGGAAAAGCGGAGGGAGGAGCCCAGGCACAAAGAGCAGCCGAAGUACAGGGAGGAGGUGCACGAGAGAUCCAGCCCGAGCACCAGCUCCGCUCAUCCAGUCUGCACCUGCCACCUCAAGAAGUCCCACCACUAGAGCCCGUUCAAGGCUCAUGUGGCAAAAGAAGUGAAAUGAUGCAACCAUGACAUAAAAACGAGAUCAGUAAGUUUGUUUAUACUGCACACAUACGAAAAAAAAAAAAGAAUACGUUGUGAUGAAAAUCAGAAAUACCUUUAAACACCUGCCAGCAAGAAAAUGCAUUUGUGAGGCUCAUAUGUUCUUAUAUGAAAAAGAAAAUUAUCGAUUAAACAGUUCUAACCUUUA